ACUUGGGACGCUCCUGUUGAUAGAAACUGGGUUAAAUGUCGGUGUUUGUGCGAAGUCACGGUCCUGACAGGCUCGGUGGGAUUAUAUAACCACACACGGCUCUUUUAGCUGCUUCUGUCGGCUUCCUGCGGCUCACUACUUAAAAACUGUCGAAGUUUUUAGGGACGGAAAAUGGGUGAAAAGGACGAAAAGAGCCCCGAUGGAGUCAAAUAUUACAGACUGUCAGAGAUCGAGGAGCAGAACUCGUUUAGAUCAACGUGGAUCAUCAUAAACAACCAAGUCUACGAUGUCACCAAGUUCCUGGAUGAGCAUCCCGGAGGAGAGGAGGUGCUCAGGGAGCAGGCGGGAGGUGACGCCACAGAGAGCUUCGAGGAUGUCGGACAUUCAACCGACGCCAGAGAGAUGGCCCAUGACAUGAUCAUAGGAGAGCUGCACCCGGAUGACCGGGAAAAAAUCGCCAAACCUGUGGAACCUUUGGCGACCUCUUUGGUUGAGGAGCCCAGCUGGUGGUCUAACUUGAUCAUUCCUGCUCUGGUCGCAGCCAUUGUCACGUUGCUUUACCGCAUCUUCACCCAAGAGAGCGAGUAACAUCAGCCGUCUAGCUGUGAUGUCAUAAACAAGCACUACAGUCAAACAGCCCGACGUCUGAUUGACAGUUGCAGCGACCAAUAGCAGUGAAGACCCUCAGAGGAACAGAAGACUGGCUGCUUUGGGGGUGAAAACAUCUGAUUGGCAGAUGAAAACAUCUGUACAAAGAUCAAUAACUGUGCACUGCUGCUCUCCAGUCAAAGCACUACAUUACCCAUGAUUCAUUUCAUGCUGUUUAACCAACCAAUCACCUGUCAGAAUAUCAAUGAAGUCAUUUAUGUUGAAUUAACAGUGCCAUUUUGAGCUCUGGAUGUUUAUAAUCGUGUAGAUAUGCAGUGGAUAUGUAAUUAUUUGUAUCUUUUAUAACUUUGUAUCUGAAUGUAAAUGAAUAGUUAUGCAAUCAGCAGCUAACAGAGCAUCAAGGCCUGGGCUCAGAUCCUAACUCUGAUUUUGUCCUGAAGAAAAUGUAUGAAGUUUUUAAUGACAUGCUUUGGACCUAUAGGUGCUUUAUUUUGAAAGAAUUUAAAAGAUUCAUGUCAUUUUUGAUUUUUUUUUUUAAUUCCUGUGUUUAAAAGUUUGGUAAAGAUUUGAUUUGUUCA